CGCGCGCGCGAGUGCUCGCCGAAUCGCCCGGAGCGGCGCGGCCGCAGACUGUGAUGCGAGCGCGGCGCCCGCCAUGGCCACGCUCGGCCUCUCCAAGGUGUUCAUCCUCGACAAGUACUUCACCGAGCUGCAGAAGUUCUGGGAGACGGAGAAAAAGCUGCAAGGUGGCAGACGAGCAGAUGGAUCACCUGAUGACGCGUCAUCGUCGAACGAGGCGGUGCACCUGCAGCGACGGCUGCUGAGCCUCAGCUCGGAGCUGGUGACGCUCCGCAACCACCUGCACGUGGGCGCGGGCGCGGCAGCGGGAGCGGCAGCGGCAGCGGGCGCGGGCGCGGGCAAGGCGCAGCCCGCCGUGCCGCCGCGCGCGCCGCACCCGCCGCCCGCGCACCUCGCGCCGCCCGCCGCGCACCCGCACCCUCCGCCGCCCGAAGCGCGAUGGCGCGGGAGCGGCGGCUGCGGCGGCGGGGGCGCGGGCGCCGACGUCGACGACCUCAUCCACCUGCGCGGGCCGCUCACCGAGGACGCGGUCGUGCGCGCCCUGCAGGCUAGAUUUUAUCACAACAAAUUUUACACGAUGAUCGGGCCGAUCCUGGUGGCGGUGAACCCGUACACGGACGCGAGCAACUCGCUGACGCUGGCGGCGGCGCGCGCGCAGCGGCCCGAGCUGGCGCGCCUCGUGCACGACGCCGUGCGCCACCAGGCCGACACCGGCUACCCGCAGGCCAUCAUCCUCUCAGGCGUUUCGGGUUCCGGGAAGACGUACGCGUCGAUGGUGCUGCUGCGGCGGCUGUUCGACGUGGCGGGCGGCGGGCCCGAGACCGACGCCUUCAAGCACCUGGCCGCCGCCUUCACCGUGCUGCGCUCGCUCGGCGCCGCCGCCACCGCCGCCAACUCGCACUCCAGCCGCAUCGGUCACUUCAUCGAAGUGCAAGUGACGGACGGCGCGCUGUACCGCACCAAGAUCCACUGCUACUUCCUGGACCAGACGCGCGUCGUGCGGCCGCCGCCCGGCGAGCGCAACUACCACAUCUUCUACCAGAUGCUGGCCGGCCUGGCGCCCGACGAGCGCGCCCGCCUGCACCUGGACGGCUACGCGGCGCAGGACCUGCGCUACCUGGCCGCGCCGCAGCACCGCCGGCCCGAGCCCGAGGACGCCGCGCGCUUCCAGGCCUGGAAGACCUGCCUCGGCGUGCUCGGCAUCCCCUUCCUCGACGUCGUGCGCGUGCUGGCCGCCGUGCUGCUGCUCGGCAACGUGGGCUUCGCCGAGGGCGGCGCCGGCGCCGAGCCCGCCGGCGAGGCCGAGCUGGCCGCCGCCGGCGCGCUGCUGGGCGUGCCCGCGCCGGCGCUGCUGCGCGGCCUCACCACGCGCGCCGCGCCCUCAACGCGCGCCGCGCCCCGCGCGCCCGUCGCCGCGCCCGCCACCGCGCCCGCCGCCGCCGCCGCGCGCGACGCGCUGGCCAAGGCGCUGUACUGCCGCACCGUGGCCACCAUCGUGCGCCGCGCCAACUCGCUCAAGCGCGGCUCCACGCUGGGCACGCUCAGCUCGGACUCCAACGAGUCCGUGCACCACCCCGAGCGCCGCGCCGCCGGGCGCUCGCGGGCCGGCGCGCGCUCCAUGGCCGCGCUCAACGACGCCGUGCGCCACGCCACCGACGGCUUCGUGGGCAUCCUGGACAUGUUCGGCUUCGAGGACGCGGCGCCGUCGCGCCUGGAGCACCUGUGCGCCAACCUGUGCGCCGAGACCAUGCAGCACUUCUACAACACGCACGUGUUCAAGUCGGCGGCCGAGUCGUGCCGCGAGGAGGGCGUGCAGUGCGCGCUGGAGGUGGACUACGUGGACAACGUGCCGUGCAUCGACCUGGUGUCGUCGCUGCGCGGCGGGCUGCUGGCGGCGCUGGACGCCGAGUGCGCCGCGCGCGGCGAGCCCGAGCAGUACGUGGCGCGCAUCAAGGCCGCUCACAGGGGCCACCCGCGGCUGGCGGAGGCGCGGCCGCCGCACGCGCGGCGCUUCGCCGUGCGGCACUACGCGGGCGAGGUGGUGUACGACGCGGCCGAGUUCCUGGACGCCAACCGCGACGCCGUGCCCGACGAGCUGCUGGCCGCCUUCGACACGCGCACGUGCGAGUUCGGCUUCGCCACGCACCUGUUCGGCGCCGAGCUGAAGGCGCUGGCGGCGCACGGCGGGCCGGCCGGCGCCGCCUUCCGCGCCUCGCCCACCGCCGCCGCCGCCGCCGCGCCCGCCUCCACGCUCACGCAGGACUUCCACACGCGCCUCGACAACCUGCUGCGCACGCUGGUGCACGCGCGCCCGCACUUCGUGCGCUGCCUGCGCGCCAACGCCACCGAGACGCCCAUGCUGUUCGAGCGCCACACCGUCGCCAAGCAGGUGCGCGCGCUGCAGGUGCUGGAGACGGCGCAGCUGAUGGCGAGCGGCUACCCGCACCGCAUGCGCUUCCGCGCCUUCGGCGCCCGCUACCGCGCGCUGUACGGCCGGCGCGCCGCCGAGCGCGAGUGCGCCGACGCCUGCGCGCGCGUGCUGCGCUCCGUGGCCGCCGCCGCCGCGCCGCCCGCGCCCGCCUCGCCCGCCGCCGUGCGCUGGGCGCUGGGCAAGCGCCACGUGUUCCUCAGCGAGGGCAUGCGGCAGGUGCUGGAGCGCGUGCGGCGCGCGCGGCCAGGCGCGCCCGCGCGCCCGCGGCCCGCGCCCAUCGCCGGCACGCCGCCGCCCGAGCCGGCCGACGAGCGCGACCCGGCCGUGGUCGAGAAGACGUGCUCGCUGUUCGGCCUCGACCUGGAGCGGCCGCCGCCGCUGCCGCCGUCGCGCGCCUACACGGUGGCGGGCGGCGUGAAGCUGGGCUACCCGCAGCAGCGCGCGCUGGCGGCGGACUGGGAGGAGGCGGGCGUGCGGCUGCGCGCCGGCGACGCCGUGCUGGCCGUGGGCGCCGCGCGCCGCGGGCUGGUGGCCGUGCAGGUACGGGCCUAA